CGUCAUCGAUAAAAGCCGAAUACUGGAAUAAUUGCCCCCUUCUACUUUUUGCGAAUAAAGGAUAGACACAAGGAAAAGAACAUAUGCAUACCUAUUAUGUGAUCAACAAGAAGAUCGUUUUUAGAUGUAGUAGACCCGCGGACUCACACAGAGAAAACCAUGAACCGUUCUGCGUCGGCGGGCCGCGUCUCGCCUUUUGUGAGGCGCAAAGGGAUUCUAGUGGAGGAAACCAAGCGUGAUGGGACAGUCCACGUUAACUGGCGACCGUCUCACAAUGCCUCACCCUCAACUCGUGCGCAGCUCCUGACGCCAGACAACAAGAGGACAUCUACCCCAGCAAGUAGAGUCUUGUCAAGUAGAGGAGGUGCAGGGAAUCAUGGUCCAGGCAAUAGGAUAGAGAUUUCUCGUGGAGGAGGUGGAGUGCAAGAGCGAUACGCCGGAGGAGACGUUGGACCGCAUCAGCGUGUGGCUGGUGGUCACGUUCAACAACAUACACAUACUACAAGAUCCGCAUCUUCCAGUAAGGAGAGUCAAUCGCACGAACGCAUGAGCCAUCUGUUGAGAACCAGCUUCGCCCCAGCUCAGCGGACACAACAGCACCCGGACCUUGAUUCAUCGAUGAAUGGCGGUCGACAGCAGACACAACAAGUGUCGCGCAGCCAGGAAAUGCUCAUGCAGCGACACAGUAGCGGUGGCACUGGUAGAGUAGCAGCAACGUGGAAUCCAAAUGCUCAGUCCUCUGAGAGUAUGAAGAGACCAGCUGCUGCUCGUGGCUCGUCGAGCUCAAGAGGUGGAUUUCAACCUAGUAGUACGAGACAAGACAGCAACAGCAUAAAAAUGACAUCAGCUGCAGUAAAACGAGAUCCAUCAGCAGGUGAAUUGCUAGAAGGAUUGCGGCGUUCCAGUGCCUCGUCGAACGGCACGGGGAUAGGCGAGAGUCCAAUUACUGUAGGGACCCCUUCCGCUGUACUAGGAGGCCAUCUUGGAGGUACCCCUGUAACAGGUCGAGCAGCGAGUGCACCUCGACGGGGAGGUGGUCGCGUGUCUCCUGGACGUGAUCGAAGCACGACGCCGACAGGUGGGACUAGGAAGUCUGCACCUACUAGUGGUGUAGAUAACACAGGGAUAUCAGGGACAGGAUCGAGAAAGCCCCUGCAUCUAUCUCUCGCUGGUGUGAAGCCAUUGUUCCAGAAAGAGCGUACAGGACUAGGAGUAGAGCAACAAGAAGAAGCCUACCUAGAUGAGGCAGCCGAUGACGUCAACACAACUGCUGGUGGUCACUUUAGUCCUGUCACAUCAAGUGUUCUUGUUGCGCCAGGUGGAAGAAGCAUUGGUGGAGCUACUAGUAUCGCUACAGGAGCCUCUUCUUCUGCGAGCUCAAGUUCAUCACGUUCAGCAUCGGCGACUAAGUACUACGUCCGCGCUGAAGAGCGGUUUUCAACGCUCGCUUCCACGCCAUCUGAACGGAUACCAUCUGCGAGGUUUAGUGGUAGCCGAGUAGACAGUCCUCCGAAGCAAAGUGUGGGGUCGUCUUAUUCUGGCCUAGCGUUUCUAGGUGGAUCUGGAAGAGAAUCUGAAACAGUUGGGAAUACAACUACUACUAGACCGCUGCAAUCGCAAACUACAGGCACGCCAGGAUUCCUUUCCUCUCUUGAGGAUCGCUCGGCAUUGGCAAGGCAUUUUUUCAAUUGGCGAUUGUCCAAUUUUCGUAGGCUGCAGGAAUCUCGAGACAACGAGCACACUAGAGGCCUAGAAAUCGCGGCUCGCUACAUGCGGGAGGCCAGAAAGAAGGAGGACCGAUUGACGCUAGAAGUAGCGUUUCUACAGUGGACAAGAAAUUGCCGCAUAAGUCUCAAAAGCGCUAGAGAACACAAAUGGGCGGACAGAACUAGUGGAAUUUCAGGAGGUGCUGGAGCUAAUACAAAUACGAUCGACGCUGCUAUCGGAGAUCUGGACUCAGCCCGAACGAUUCCUUUGACAGAACUAGAACUGCAAGCACGUAAAGUAGUUGAUCGAAAGUCAUUUUCCUCUCCAUCUUGGUCACCGACAAGAAAAUCGCCUACACGGAAUUCCAAAACAACCACUAAUACGUCGGCAACAAGGAACUCUCUCACUGGAGGUAGUGGUGGCGGUGCACUACUGCUACCCACACAUCAGCGACUACAGCAAGUAGCGGAUAUGAAGCGACAGAGAGGGUCGUUGCGGGGAAUAAAGAUGGAGGAUCCGCAGCAUGAUGCUGGAGUGGAGGGAGCAGCUGUUAUGUGAUGGUGCUUUAGAAGUACAACUAGGUAGAUGUCGUUUACCUUAACUUUGAUAAAAGGGACCGACGAGGCUUGAUAAAAGGGGUUUUCGUUUUUAUGUCUUAGCCUCUAGCGUGAAUUAGCUUCCAGUUGGUUCUAAUCUUAUUAGCGUGGUGGAGAAAAACGAAGACGAUCAGUCCUUCUCACACGACCAGCCGCCCAAAAAGGACCAGUCUUCUCCUUCUCUACAACCAAAGGACGACGAGACUAGUUUACAACUGCUUGCCGCCGAAAUCAAGGCUCAGUGUUUAGAAGAAUACCAAGCAAGAGAGGCCGACUCUCGUAGACGAACUCGGGAAGCCUUAGCAGGACGAUUGAAUCGGAUUCUCGAGAAACGGUCAUUGCGCAACUUGUGGACAGCAUGGCGUAGGGAGUGUUUUCGCGCAGAUCCAUGGCAGCUCAGUCCUAAGAGUAGUCCGAAAGACGCGAGCUUUCGAGAGUCGAGAGGAGAGGGGGGAAUGGGUAUGUUAUUGAUGUGAUGUUCUGACUCUUUGGACGUGCUUUUUCAUCCUAGUAGAUCUGGAUGUAGGAUCAUUCAAGAACAAAAAAAUGACAGUACCACCAUCUUCCUCACCAUCCAUGAUCCACUUCAAUCAUCCACUUUUUACCCGACAUGCACAACGAUUGAGAUAACAAAUCCAAACAAAUACUAUACAGCCUUCUUCCGCUCCCCCGCUGCGGCGCCUGGUGUUUCGCGUAUGUCCAGUAAAUCAUCGGCUGAUGGCGAGAUCUCCUUACAGGAAAUUUUGCAUCGUGUCAAUCAUGAUGAUGGCGAAGUCGUUCUAGGAUCACCUGCGGACAGCAAUCACCAAGUUGGUGGAACGGGUUUUUCCAUCGGUUCAUACAAGCGACGACGUAGCAGGUCACAACAACAACAAGCAGGUGGUGCAGCUUCAUCGACAUCAUCUUUUGGUAAUGGAGGUAAAAAGGCUAGUAAGGGCACUAGUCCAAAUGCUUAUAGUCCCAACUACAAUCUGAGUCUGAGCAGCAGUACGGGGCAACUUCCAUCAGCGCAGCAGUUGGAGCUGACAUUGAGCAAUAUGAGCGGGCAAGGGAGUCGAAGGUCGACGCCAGUAGGGAGUAGAGGUGCGCCGGGUCAGGGGGGUACAUCGAAGAGAGGCACUAAUCCUCCAGCUUCUAGUUCAUCUUCUGGAGGCCUGUAUUUCCAGUACCAAGAGCAAAUCUCUCGUCUAAAGGAAGAACUCUCCGCUUCCCUCGACGAGCGUAGUAGACUGGCAGAGGCGAUUGAGAGCUUAAACAACCAGAUGGAUGCCAGUAGUAGAGAAGCAGCGCGCUUAGCGGAUGAACUAGAAUCUGAACGAAGCAGAGCAGUGGAGGGAGCCAGGCAUGCAGCGGAAGAAGAAGCGAGAAAAGAGGCAGAAGAGAGGGAGGCGGGCUUAGUGGAUGCGUGGGAAGAAAGACUGAAGUUGGCAGAAGCGGAUAAAGAAGAUCGAGCGAAAAGUGCGAAAGAAGAAGCGGAGAGGUAUUCGUGUUUGCAUAGACAAAAAGUGCUUCUACUUUCCUUGUCGUUGUCUUCUUCGACAUGAACGUGUCCCACAAUCGUUCGUUAAGACCAAAGCUUCCGUCGCAACUUCAAUGAUUUAAGUUUUUCUAAAACCCUACUCCACACCUACCAGGUUUCAAGCCCUGUACCAAGAAGCGGAGCGUCGUGCUGCCGGCAAAGAGGAGGAAGCCAGACUUCUAGAGCAGAAGUGUGAAGUUCUGUCCGAGACGCGGAAGAACGACCGGGAGAAAAUCCGUAAGGCACAGUUGCUGGACAAUGAUAGAAAGCGGCAGAUUGAGAAACUCAAGGACUUUGCCAAUAGGGAUGCGGAAAUGCGAGAAGAGAGGGAGAAAAUAAGAGAAGAGAAGGAUAUGCUGGGGAAGAGGAAGUACUAUCAUCGUGAUUGUUAACCAAGAUAUUUGCGGAUUAUAAGUAGACCUAGAUUCGUGUCUCUCACUCUCUCUCACGACGAAUCGUUGCUUCUCAACAAAAGAAUUCACAACGAAACAUACUCAUACUUUUGUUCUCUCAUCUACCUCAUCAGGUGCCAGCUCCAGUCCCAGGGCAAGGCUCUAGAAGCCCUCCAAGCUCGACUUGACGCUUUACUGAUAGACGUUGAUGAGCAGAAGAAGAAUUUCGUCGUGUCUGAGAAAUCCCGCCUACACGACGCCUUCGGUGCUGCCCUUUCUAGAGCUGGCGAUUUAGCCCAACGCUGGACGUGGAAUCGCAUUCUAUUGAGAAUUUUUCACGCCUGGCGUCAUGCUGUGGCAAUCGGGAAGCACGAGAAGCAUCAAGCGGAGUUGCAGAGUGAAUUUGACGCGUGCACGAAGGAGUGGGAUGAACAGGUGGCGGAUAGAUUAAAACAGCAAAAAGACACCUACGACGAAGCACUAGAGGAGGAGAAGUUGAAAUUGCGAGACAGACUAGAUGCGGCCGAAAAGGAAGUGAAAGAAAGUAUAGAGACUUUCUGAUUUUUUUGUUAUAAAUCCAUAGUGCCCGCCAUUCUUCUCAAUGUCGCUCUUCACUGUCGUUUCUUUGCCUUUUUCUUCUGAAGAUGUCUUCAACAAUGUUUGACUGCUAUGUAUGUGCUUGUAUGUCGUACCAAUCUACUCAGUCUCAUUCUCAUCCUCAGCCUACCCUUUCCUCCUCCAACACUCUCAUCUAGGUCGUCUAGUCCACCAGCAAAAUUCUGAGCUACGUGGCGGUCUGGUCGCGACGCGUACUUCUCUAUCCAUAUUUGCUUCCAUGAUGCGACAACAGUAUCAGACCCUUGAGUCCCAAGUCUACGAGCGGUUGAGCCAAUCCGUCCUCCAUCCAUCCGAGUCUCGCGUGGUCCAAUUGGAGAACAAGGUUCGGGAGAUGAUACUUCUAGAAAAACGGAAGAAGAUGGCAGUGAUGAAGGUUAUGAAAUAUGGUCGAUGCUAGAAGUAUUUGAAGAUAAAAACUGGAGUAAGUAUUUGAAGUACUUAAACUGGAGAUAAAAACUAGAAGUACUUAAUAAACUGGAGUAAGUUUUUGAAGAUAUUAAAAAGUGAAAAGAUACCUCGUCCCGUUGAGUUUGUUGCAUCUACUUACAGCUCUCUAACAAUCGCACUGAAGACGUUCAAAUUGGUGACCUGUACCGAGAAUUGAAAGGCACCUAUGGGAGGCUGUUGUCUGCACACGCAGCCAAGAAGCGGGAACUAGCACUUUGUAGAGCAGAAUUGAAGUUAUGAACUGAUGAAUCAAGAUGAAGAUUCUGUUUUGGCUUUCUCAUCCUCGACUUCUGCUCUUCCCUGUUCUUCACUGUUCUUCAUGAGCAUGAUACAAAAUCGAAUUGACGGACAGAUAAGCGAAAGAACAGAAAUGCUUCGAUUAUAAUCACAAAUGUCAUCUACUUCUCCUAGCAGCAAACCUUCCUCUAAAUCCACGUCAACAAAAAGCCAACCUAUCGAGUAAAGGCGAUGUUGGUGCAGCAGCUGCUCUUUUAUCUGGCAGCGCCUCAGCGACGACCUUGCACAGUAGAGCCACCACACCUACCGCCAGUGGUGCUGCGAGACAGCAUUAAGACUUCCGCAAAUCCAUCUUCGGAAGCAUCCGGAGACCGUUUCUUUCCAAGGGGAAAAAGGUUCCAGGACGAUGCUUCUACUCAGGAUGGAUUUUUGUGGAAGGUCUAACAACAGGCUCGCGUCACAAGUGCUACUGCCAAUCAAGGGGUUGUUCCACUUAACCGAAGCGUCCUUUCGACAGCGGCAUCCGGUGUCCCGAAUUCCGCAAGUAGGCCAUCAGCAGUGGGCGUAAUUGGUGGUGCAGCUGCAGGAGGCCACGCUACGACAAUAGCAAAUCUUUCCGAUCUACCUUCUGGUGGUCCCGAUUUGUUGAAUCUCUCCAGUUUAAGCUGUGCGAGUGGUGGCAGUGUGCGGAUCUUGAGUCUGGAACAGCAAGUUUCGACUUUGCAGCAAGCGCGUAGUCGUGGACUGCUGGAAACCAAAGCUUUGGAAGAUCGCAUUUCUUCUUUGAACUCCGACGUCCAAGGCCAAAAAACUAUACUCCAGAAGCAGAACCGUGUGAUCUGGCAAUUGCGGAGAAAUGUCACGAAAUACGAGUGCUUUAGUCGUUGGUGUGCUUUGAGCGUGUCGAGUAGAGGGAUAAGGUGGAGUACGAAGGUCGCUUUGGCGGAUGCAGAUGCGCCAGCAAUCUCAUCGCCAUCAACGAAAGAGACCAUGGCUUCAUCGGGAGACGAGAGCCUCCAGAUGAUAACUGAUGCAGCAAAUAAAGAAACCACAACCACGACUGCACUUAGUACAAUUACUAAACCAUCUGCUCAGAACCUCCAGAAGCACGUGAUGUGUCCUCCGUUAUUACUUCGUGCUUUGAGGCGUGCACAUGGAGCGACAGAAAUGGAAACGGUACGUUUCUGUUAUUACGUUUGGAUCUUUGCGAUUCGCGAAAGGCGAUAUGAGGAGGCUUUGCGCAAGUCUAACCGGCAGUUGAGCACCGAAUGCGACUCUCUCAUGCAGAGAUGUGUAGAAACGGAAUCCGAUUUGCAGAGAGCCCUCUUGACGAAGUUGGAGCUUGAGGAGGAAGUUAGGAAUGUCAAGGGUGCACUGGAGGUACACUGUUUUCAAUUUGUCACUGGUACUUUCGUCUGAGUGACUGCACUAAUUGAUGCCUUGAAAAAGGGUGUCGUGCCUUGAAUCGGUAAUCAGUCACACAUGCAUCAUUCUUUGUUUUUCACUCCGAGAUUGCAACCGCCUUUCCCCAAAAACCAAACCCUCCUACUUCUAGGCACACAGAGAGCGGGAGGCGAAACUAGUGCGCGAUGCUGAGAGCUGGAAAGCGAAGCAUGCACUUUUAUCCGAAGAGCUGCAAACGAUGCAGGCGGCGCCAGGUGCCUGCUCUCCACGCGUUCUAUCUAUCGAAGAACUCGGAAAGCCGGCGACUGUUUUGUGAAUUCAGUGAUGCCGGAAAUGUUGUGGCUAAUGCUAGUCUAGGCGACGACGAACGAUGAGCAUAAUGAAGAUUACAAAUUUAGUAUAUAUUCUUCUACUGGGGGUGCGGGUGGAAACGUAUGAAGAAGCCAUUUCGGACACACAUUGAGCUUUUUUUUGUUUGAUCAUCGCUGCGCAGCUAGGGACACUGUGCGGCUGUGGCCCACGACAGUAUGACGGCAGUAGUUACAUUCUCAAUAUUCACAGUUUUCAUGAGACUACACAAAAUGAACUUUUCUUUCGCAAGUAACUACAGUCAAAAUUUCUGUUUUCCUAGUAGUAGCAUCAAUAUCUUGUUCGAUUUAAUGCCAUUUUCUUAUCGCCAAGUGUAAUAAGAUAACAAGCAUCAUACUCACUCUUAUUCGUUUCUCGAUACUUCUAGUAGACAUGUUGACGAUUAACAAGGAGAAGAAGGCACAAUGAAUAUGAGUUAUUUGUUUCGUAUUACAACAACAGAGCUGAACAGACACAAACUACUUGCACAGAUUCAUAAAAAGCCAGUUCAUGGUCAUGAACCCCAUUCACCCUUACAAUUCGAGCCCACAGCAUUUCCUCUACUAACACGUACCUAGUUAAAUACAUCAAUGACCUUGAAUAAUUGUUCCUAUUAUCGAAUAUUAUGCUUAUGAGACCUCAUCGUCCUCCAACAAUCUGAUGAAGUACACCAUCGCAGUUAGACCUGUGACUCUUCGUACUACAUUUCUGUCCUUUUACUUUUUCGCAUCUGAUGAGUUUAGCUAAGCGUUCGCAUCCAACGCCUGCACAUGAUUGCUUCUCCGGUACAUGACAAAACUUGGUGCUGGAGUUCCUAAUUUCCGAUAGUGCAGUAUAGUGAUUCCCAUAGUGCAAGGCCUUUACAGAGUCAUCUUGUGGAGCUUCCGGACGGACUUCAAAAAAAGUAAGUUUUUUCGUGUAUGGCAGGAUGC